AUGCGGUUCACCGACCACACCUCCAUCCUCGCUUCGGUCCUCCUGUCAAUUCCCUCGCUCUCAUCAGCCUUUUACCUUCCUGGUGUUGCCCCGUCAUCUUACGAUAAAGGCCAAUCCGUCCCGCUCAAUGUCAACCACUUGACCCCCGGGCUGUCGCGCGACGACCAGCUCCAUUCCGUCUUCUCCUACGACUACUAUCAUCCAGCGUUUCACUUCUGUCGGCCGGAAGGCGGUGCUCAAGAUGUAAGGGAGUCACUGGGAAGUAUUCUGUUCGGCGACCGGAUCCGCACCUCUCCGCUGGAGCUUCACAUGGCCCAAAAUGAGACAUGCAAAGCAAUCUGCGGGGAGGUGGUAUUUGACGGGCGCAGUUCCAAAUUUACCAAUCGCCGAAUCUCGCAAGGAUACAACAUCAACUGGCUCGUGGACGGACUGCCAGCGGCGCAGCUGAACUACGACGGCAACACCAACACCCAGUUCUACAACCCGGGAUUCUCGCUGGGCGACGUGGAUGAGAAUGGCCAAUCCGUACUCAACAAUCACUUCGAUAUUGUGAUCGACUACCACCGUGUGGGUUUCGGCGGCAAAGACAAGUACCGGGUGGUUGGAGUGCUCGUGCAGCCCGAGUCUCGGCUCGAUUCGCGAAUUCUCGAGGACGGCACUGCCGAGUGCGGUACCCAAGGAAACCUCCUCAGAUUGAAUGAGGAUGGUGAUACUCCAGUUAUCUGGACGUAUAGCGUCUACUGGAAGGAAUCACCAACCGCCUGGGCUACCCGCUGGGACAAAUACUUGCACGUCUAUGACCCGAAGAUUCACUGGUUCUCCCUGAUCAACUCCGCUGUCUUUGUCGUUUUCCUAGUGGGAAUGGUGAGCAUGAUUCUUGUGCGCGCGCUCAAGAAGGAUAUUGCUCGCUACAACCGCCUGGACCAGAUCAGUUUGGAUGAUCUUGAUGGUACCUCGGCCGCAGUUGAGGAUGGAAUCCAAGAGGAUUCUGGAUGGAAGCUGGUACACGGAGAUGUCUUCCGUUGCCCCAAGUCUCCUCUGCUGCUGAGUGUUUUACUUGGCAAUGGUGCUCAGCUGUUCAUGAUGACUGGUGUUACCGUUGCAUUCGCACUGCUCGGUCUCCUCUCGCCGGCGAACCGUGGCUUUUUGGCUACUGCCAUCCUCCUUAUUUCCGCCCUCUUUGGCGCCAUUGGAGGCUACGUCUCGGCUCGCGUGUACAAGGCAUUUGGCGGCGAGGCCUGGAAGCGCAACAUCGUCAUGACUCCUCUCUUGCUUCCGGGUGUCAUUUUUGGCACUUUCUUCCUGCUCAACCUGUUUGUCUGGGCCAAGGGCUCUAGUGGUGCCGUGCCAUUUGGCACCAUGCUCGCAUUGGUCUUGAUCUGGUUUGUGAUCAGCGUACCAUUGAGUGUGGCGGGUAGCUGGGUUGGGUUCAGGCAAUCGCCAAUCGAGGGUCCUACCAAGACCAACCAGAUCCCCCGUCAGGUUCCUCCAAUGUCGGGCAGCCUGCGUACGAUCCCAUCCAUUCUCCUGACUGGCAUUCUUCCCUUUGGCGCCAUCUUCGUCGAGCUAUACUUCAUCAUGACCUCCCUCUGGACCAACAAGAUCUACUACAUGUUCGGAUUCUUGUUUUUGUGCUAUGGAUUGAUGAUCAUUACUUCCGCAGCCACGACUGUCCUUCUUGUAUACUUCCUGCUUUGUGCCGAGAACUACCGGUGGCACUGGCGUGCCUUUGCGGGCGCUGGUAUGACCGGUGGCUACGUCUUCCUGAAUGCCCUCAUCUUCUGGGCUACCCGCGUCAGCUUCGGCGGCCUGACCGGUGCAGUGCUCUACGUGGGUUACUCGGCGUUGAUUGGCUUCGUUGUCUUCAUUCUGACCGGUUCCAUCGGCUUCUUCGCCAGUUGGGCAUUCAUCCACCGUAUCUACGGCUCCAUCAAGGUGGAUUAA